CAAUGAAAUCUUCCAGCGGGGUCGUGGUAGGCGGGCCGUGGACCCUCUGGUAUAAGGCGGUCCCGGGGGAGUGAGGAGAAAGGGGGGGUCUUGGCGGCCGGAGGAGGAUUAGGUGCGGGUGAAGAUGGCGGCAGCCGAGGCCGCGAACUGCAUCAUGGAGAAUUUUGUAGCCACCUUGGCUAAUGGGAUGAGCCUCCAGCCGCCUCUUGAAGAAGUAACCCCCUUUGCCCUUCCCUGUGUCUGCCCCCAUUUUCCUUCCCCUCCCCUCCCCAGCUGUGGGCUGAGCUAGAGACGGGGGCAGAGAGACUGGAGAGAUGGUAGGCGUGGCUGAGGUGUCCUGUGGCCAGGCGGAAAGCAGCGAGAAGCCCAACGCUGAGGACAUGACAUCCAAAGAUUACUACUUUGACUCCUACGCCCACUUUGGCAUCCACGAGGAGAUGCUGAAGGACGAGGUGCGCACCCUCACAUACCGCAACUCCAUGUUUCAUAACCGGCACCUCUUCAAGGACAAGGUGGUGCUGGACGUCGGCUCGGGCACCGGCAUCCUCUGCAUGUUUGCUGCCAAGGCCGGGGCCCGCAAGGUCAUCGGGAUCGAGUGUUCCAGUAUCUCUGAUUAUGCGGUGAAGAUCGUCAAAGCCAACAAGUUAGACCACGUGGUGACCAUCAUCAAGGGGAAGGUGGAGGAGGUGGAGCUCCCGGUGGAGAAGGUGGACAUCAUCAUCAGCGAGUGGAUGGGCUACUGCCUCUUCUACGAGUCCAUGCUCAACACCGUGCUCUAUGCCCGGGACAAGUGGCUGGUGAGGCCCCAGCGGGACAGGUGCAGCUCGCGUGGGCUGGGGUCCAGGUAGAAGACGAAAACCACACUCAAUUUUUCCCACAGACGGGACUUACUAUGGGGGCUUGGCUGCAAGGUGUUAGAAGGCCACAGCCCGAGCCAGGUGUGACAGACCCUGGAGGGAGAUGAUGCGAUGUAGGGGAGGUCGUAGGAACAGGAAAA